AUGAAGUGCUCAAUCAUCGCCAUCCUCGGCAUCAGCGCCUACGCCGCUGCCCAAGACACUUCAGCAAUGAGCUCAGCCGCCAGUUCCGCAAGCCGCGCCAUGUCCUCUGAGGUCGCCAGCCGUGCCUCCUCCAUCAUCUCCUCUGGCUCCGCCGAGGCAUCAUCCGCAUCCCGCGACAUCUCCUCGCUGUCCAAGGCUCUCAGCUCCGCCACCCACACCUCCGAUAUUUCUGCCGCGUCCUCCAUCUCAUCCGCUCUCGGCAGCGCUGCGUCUAUCUUGGCUGCGUCGCGAUCCAUGGAGGCUGCUUCGAUCUCCAGCGAGGCUGCUACCGCUACUGGUGCUGCUCAGUCGAGCUUGAGGGCUGCUGCUUCUUCUCUUAACGCCCAGGCUACUUCGGCUCAGAAGCCUGCUGGAGGUGCGGCUGCUACUGGAUCUUCUUCCGCUGGUGUUGCUGCUACUGGUGUGCCGAUGAUUCUCGCUGCUGGUGCUGGUAUUGCUGCUUUCGUUUUGUGA